AUGUCGGUCAUUUCUAAUAAAAUGCUGGAAUUUUUGCCCACUAAAAUUGCGAAACCCUACUCAUCAGAAUCGACCGUCCCUCACUUUCUUCUGCCAAGACUAAAGAAAGUGAGGAGGCAGAUGAAAGAUCGAUCUACUAGUUCGCUGUCUGUGCAUAUAAGGAUCGCAGUGGUCUUCGAAUUAGCGUCCAAGAUUCGUCUUGCCCGUGACCAACAGAGGGAAUCUUGCGCACUCAGUGAAUUAAACCCUGCGAAAUCGGUUGCCCAACUGCUCCGUUGUAGGUCUUCCGCUAAACGAGGUUAUGAAAUCCCCCCAAUGCUAAUUGAAAAUAAAACAUUUGUACUCGAUGAGUCUGACAAGGCUGAAUUGUUUAAUGCAUUCUUUGCAAAGGAUCUUACGACGGAAUCCGAACCGGUCCCGUCGUUUCAACUAUACUCAGACAAUAUUCUCGGGAACAUUGAUUUCUCCAUAGACGGUUACGAACUAAAUGUCCCAGGUGUUAUCAAGGAUUUGGGCAUAUCCUAUUCUAACAAGAACUAA